CCCCAGAUAUUCUACUAACGCCAAGCCUCGAGUCAAGGAUUGAGUCGAUCAUAGGACUGUCCUUUGCCCUAGUAAGGCACUGAUUCAGCAGUUGCAGAUAGUUUUCACCCGUGUCAUUUGCCCUAAGAUGCCUCGACUUCCGGACUUAGCGUGUUAUACAAGCUAGGUCUCCUCCUCCUCCUUGCCUAUACCUUGCCUAUAUAAAGAGCAAUUUGCAUUUCUCUCUCUCUACAGUACUCAUUUUUUCCAGAUUUUUUUUUCUCUCCUCCAUUCUUGAAGCGCGUUCUUCAAACCCAAGAUGCAGAUCUUCUUUAAGACCCUCGAAGGAAAGACCAUGACACUGGAGGUGGAAAGCUCAGACACCAUCCAUAGCGUUACGGCUAAGAUCUAUGAGCUGAUGUUCGCCGGAAAGCAACUCGAGGAUGGCCGAACCCUAGCUGACUACAACGCGCAGAAGGGUGACACCCUUCCACUUGUGGCCGGAUCCCUCCACCUUGUGCCCCGUCUCAGGGAAGCCUGGCAGAAGGGAUCCGACCUUGGCCUUGUGCCCCGUCUCAGGGGAGUCUGGCUGACCUGGAGGGGCAAAUCCAUCACCCCUCUAGUGGUGGAAAGCUCAGACACCAUUGGCGACGUCAAGGCCAAGAAGAUUCAGGACAAGGUGGGUAUUGCCCUAGACCACCUAAGGCUGAUUUUUGCUGGAAAGCAGCUCGAGGACUACCGAACGCUAGCUGACUACAACAUCCAGAAGGAAUCCACCGUUCACCUUGUGCUCCGAUUGAGGGGAGGGAUGCAGAUCCUAGUCAAAACUUUGACUGGAAAAAUCAUCGCCCUUGAGGUGGAGAGCUUAGGCACAAUUGGCAACUUCAAGGACAUGGUCCAGGACAUGGAGGGUAUUCCCCAAGACCAGCAGAUUCUGAUUUUCUGUAAUAAAGUGCUUGAAGAUGAGAAAACCUUCGCUGAUUAUAACAUCCAGAGUAAUUCGACCAUACACCUUGUGCUGCGUCUCAAGGCGGGUAUGCAGAUCUUCUUUAAGACCCUCGAAGGAAAGACCAUGACACUGGAGGUGGAAAUCUCAGACACCAUCUAUAGCGUUAAGGUCAAGAUCUAUGAGCAGCAGCGUCUGAUCUUCGCCGGAAAGCAACUCGAGGAUGGCCGAACCCUAGCUGACUACAACGCGCAGAAGGGUGACACCCUUCCACUUGUGGCCGGAUCCCUCCACCUUGUGCCCCGUCUCAGGGAAGCCUGGCAGAAGGGAUCCGCCCUUGGGCUUGUGCCCCGUCUCAGGGGAGUCUGGCUGACCUGGAGGGGCAAAUCCAUCACCCUUCUAGCUGUGGAAAGCUCAGACACCAUUGGCGACGUCAAGGCCAAGAAGAUUCAGGACAAGGUGGAUAUUGCCCUAGACCAGCAAAGGCUGAUUUUUGCUGGAAAGCAGCUCAAGGACGACAAAACGCUAGCUGACUACAACAUCCAGAAGGGAUCCACUCUUCACCUUGUGCUCCGAUUGAGGGGAGGGAUGCAGAUCCUAGUCAAAACUUUGACUGGGAAAACCAUCAUUCUUGAGGUGGAGAGCUUAAGCACAAUUGGAAACCUCAAGGACAUGAUCCAGGACAGGGAGGAUAUUCCCCAAGACCAGCAGAGUCUGAUUUUCGGUGGUAAAGUGCUUGAAGAUGAGAAAACCUUCGCUGAUUAUAACAUCCAGAGUAAUUCGACCAUACACCUUGUGCUGCAUCUCAAGGCGGUUGAUUACGAGAAGCCAAAGAUUCAAGACAAAAGGAGGGCAUGGAAAAUCCUCCUGCCCUGCAGUGGCUGACUGAGGAACGGAACUCUGUCUCUCUCUUCAUUUUGUCCUUGUGUUUGCUCCUCUCUGAGUUUCUUAGCAGGUGAACAGUUAGAGUUCCGAAAAGAAGUAUUUGGUCUUUUGAGGGAAGUAGACCUAGGGUUACCUAGGAAUUAGCGUCUCUCCGCAAUCAUGUGUGGGGUGAGGGUAGGGUCUUUACGAAAAAGGGUUUAGGGUUGGGGUGUCUGCCGUCUGGUGAGUGGAGAGUGGUGAGUGGUGACUCUGGUCUCUGUGGUGCUUUAUCUGUUUGUCCUAAUGUGUCUUUUAGAGUUUCUUAAAUGAAGAGGGAGUUUCGUCGUCA